GAAUUAAAAUAACUCUUUGGUCAACCACUUUUAACUAAAAGGUAUCUACCUUUCUCCCUUUUCUAUGCGGAAAGCCCAACUUAGAAAAAAAUCGGGAUCUGUCCCUGCAAAUGAACUAGACAAAUUAGCGUAAAAAAGUGUUUCUCGAUAGUAAGUACAGAAUUAAAAAAAAUAUGUACCUCUUCAAAUUCAAUUAACUAAAUUGAUACAUGUAACAUCGCGUGGUUACACGUUAACUGUAACCAAAUCAAUGGCUCAUUUGAUGUUUGUUUUGCUUUUCUUAUUUAUAAGUACACUUGUUUAUAAAAUUAAUCACGAAUUAAACAAGUCCUUUGCCGACGAAGAUAAAUUUUAAAAAUAGAAAUAUACAAACAGAUAAUAUACAAAUAAAUUAUAUACAAACAGAUAUAAACAAACAGAUAUAUACAAACAGAUAAUAUACAAACAGAAAUACACAAACAUAUGCUAUACAAACAGAUAAUAAACAAACAGAUAAUACACAAACAGAUAAUAUACAAACAGAUAAUAUACAAACAGAUAGUGACCCAGAUAUUGGGAGGGGGGAGGGGGAUGGCAAUUUUACGCGCACGGUUGCCGUAUUGAUUUAUCAGUAACGUACACAUAAACUGAACAGAAACAGUGCCGUGUGUUCUUUUCUACAUUUGUUAUAGUAAGUAUCUCUUAAAAGUAAAUAAUCCAAGGGAACUGCAAUUUUAGAUGCAUCCUUUAACGGGUCCAUUCAGUCUCAAUGUUACAAUGUACAUAUUAAUAUUAAUAAUAUACUUUUAAUAUAUGUUAAAUUUCUUAAUUUUUUAAAAUGUUUAUUAUUUUGUUUGAGCGAUGUAAUGAGCUCUGAUGUUGCACUACAAGUACGCUUUUAACUGCAUUACACAAUACAGAUUGUGUGUAAAACUUAAAAACAAUGACGCACACAUGAAGAUUCCGGACGUUUCUACUCUGGAUGUCUCGAGAGUCAACACGCCUUAUUAUUCACGCUAGACAUUAUAAGUGUCCCAGCUGUUCUGCUUUCACGCGGUCCGUCUCCCUAAAGCGAAGUGUGCGGCACUCCCAUUCAUAAAUCACGGAUGUGUACUCAAACCACGACCCGACCGUCGAGGACGCGAACAGCGUAACUAAAGCCGCUUUAGUGCUUGGUUUUUUUCUUUUCUUUCUAAUUAUCUAUUUAUUUGUUGUUGUUUUCUUUUCUUCCUUUUCCUUUUUUUUUUAAUUUUUAUCUUUAAAGAAUAUCAUUAUACAAUGUAUUCAUGAGUAGUUCAGGAUUUAUAUAUUUGGUAAUUAUUCUGUGUUUCUUUUUACUUGACGUAGAUAAGAUAUCUAGUAAUUAUUUUGAGUUUCUUUUUACUUGACGUAGGUAAGAUAUUUGGUAAUUAUUUUGAUAUAUUUUUUUUACUUGAAGAUACUGUAAGUUUUCCGCUCAGUUUUGAAUAGGUGUUUAGUGGUAUACUAAGCGUGUGGUAGAAAUGUAUCCCUGAAAUAAUUCUUACAUUUAAUUUUCGAAGCAGCGUUGCAAAACACACAUACAUUUUGUAUUUUAAGACCUGGAUAGUGCGCAGAAUUCUUUUUUAAUUGCGUCAGUCCAACGACUGUGAGAGGGUAUUAGGGUGGAUCUCAUUUAUAAAAUCAUGGACGAUUUAGCCGUUGUUUUUCUUUCUUUCUUUUUUUUUUUUUUUUUUUUUUGAAGCUGUUGACUUUUGAAUUAUAUGAAGGGCAGAGCUACUGUUGUCGUGUGUAGUCAGUAAAUUUCUUUUGCGACGACUUGCGGCUCUUUACAAUUAUCUGUUCUAAUUUGCUCUCGAGUUAACACCUGACGUGUGACCUCGAUGAACCGAUGUACGCUCAGUUCCUAUGUUAGUAUUUUUUUCUGAAAAAGGAGAAAUGUUCCCCUGAAAAGUUGACAAUUUAGAUAGCGUAUUCAAGAGAGAGAGAGAGAGAGAGAGAGAGAGAGAGAGAGAGAGAUGCUAUAAUAAACUGAUAUAGUUGUAUUAAUUCUCAUUAAUCAUUCCUAUUAAAUCACUUCAUGCCUUACAUUCAGACCUGUGUUCUGUCCUGUAAACUAAUCACUACAAAUGAUUGAUGCUUUGUUCCCAGGAAGUCCUAAGAGUUAACCUUCCGCGUCCAGAACGCCAUCGCUUUCUACACUAAUGCUAUUGUGUAAAUCACAGUUUAAAAUAACACCAUACAUAAAAACCGCUGAAUGAUGAAAAUUUGAAUAGGAAAUGAAGAUAUUUAAAAUCCGUCAUGAGCUAUCAAUUCUUUAAAUGUCGGAUAUUCAUGACGAUCUAGGAGGUGACAAACAAGGUACACCCGGAUUUCAGUGGCAGUCUGUAGGUCACUGCGGAUUUAUGGUCCCGUGCUGAACGGUUGUAACGAUAUUGUCGGACAAAAUUCUUAAGUGUUACAUAAUUUAACCGACAAAAGGAAAGUACCUGCUCUUACAGACAAUAUUGACGCAGCUAAUACACUUUUAUUCACAUGCUGACUUUUCGGAGUGAUAUAUCUGUGAUUACCGUCGGGGGAAAGGUAUCGAAUGAAUGCAAUUAAAAACCAGAAUCAGAAUAGGGGAGAUGACGAAACUAGUUAACUAGGCACCGGUUGUAUAGCGGUGGAUCUAGGAAAUACUUGACUGUAUCAGUACCUGUUUAGGUUAAUUUGUACAGAGGCGGAUCAAGGAAUUUAUCGAUUGUGUGUCAGUGCUUUAUGAGGUUGAUUUGUAGAGAGGCGGAUCAGGGAAUUCAUUGACUGUCUAUCAGUGCUUUAUGGGGUUAAUUUGUACCGAGGCGGAUCAAAGAAUUAACUGUGUGCCAGUGCUUUAUGAAGUUAAUUAGUACCGAGGCGGAUCAAGGAAUUCAUUGACUGUCUAUCAGUGCUUUAUGAGGUUAAUUUGUACAGAGGCGGAUCAAAGAAUUAACUGUGUAUCAGUGCUUCAUGAAGUAAAUUUGUACAGAGGCGGAUCAAAUAAUUAAUUAACAGUGUAUCAGUGCUUUAUGAGGUUAAUUUGUACAGAGGCGGAUAAAAAGGGCAGAUUUCACAAACUGUUAAAAACUUUAUGUACCAAGAUUUCUGGUGAUUGAUGUAUACAGUUUUCCGGUAACACGCACAGGGUCAUCCACACUUUCCACGAAAUCUUCAUGCAGUUGCGGAUUUAAGUGAAGGGGGCGCAGCCACCCCCUAAAAUUUCAAAUUUAAGAAAAUGUUGGAGGUAGCAAAGUUCUGCUGUGUAUUUUACGUUUUCCUGACAACAUUAGUGCCCACGGAAUCCCUACAGUGUUCAUCAAAUGUCAACUGCAGAUGUCAUGAAGUUCAUGGAAAAUUGUUUGCAAAUUGUGAAAACCUUAACUUGAAGUCAGCUCCAUUAUUUAGCGAUGACGUUGUCGGAAUAAGCCUUGCACAUAACAUCAUCUCAAUUUUCCCACCAAAUCUUCCCCAAAACAUCGUUCAUUUAGAUGUCUCCAAUAAUAAUUUGCGAAAAAUUGAAAAUACGUCAUUGGCAAACUAUACCGCCCUACAGAAUUUAAGUCUUGCUAACAAUAAUCUUCAUACGGUUGAAUUGCAUUCUCUACAAGAACUCUCAAAUCUACGGCGUCUUGACAUUUCUGGUAAUCAAGAACUAACGUUAAAGGUUUUGUUUAACAUAUCUAGAGAUUUGCAAAACUCUUCGACAAUCCGGUUUCUGAAUUUUGAAAAUUUACAGUGCACCUAUGGCGUCAGUUUCAUCAUCAGAAAGUACCACAUUGCUUAUCUGAAACACACACACUUAGAAGAACUGAAUUUAGCGUCCAAUCGCAUUAGCAGUCUUGAACUGGGCGUCUUGACUGAGUUACCAAGAUCUCUUAAACAUUUAAAUCUCGCUAAUAACAUUCUCAGCUUUGGUCUCUAUAUUGUAGAAUUUGGUCAUUUAGAGAAUGUUGUUAGCCUCAACAUAAGUUUUCAGUCGACUUUUCAUCAAAUAUACGUAAAAGAAUUCUUCAUCGGGUGCAAUGAUACGCGACCAGACCUACAAACUUGUAAAGAUUUGCACACUGAAGUUUCGAUGUCGUCUUCAGCGUCACUUUCAACUUUCCGAGGACCUAAAAAUGUCAGUAUAUACAUUCCACCGAAAUUAAAAAGAUUUUAUUUUCAUGAUAAUUUAUAUAAAAUGGUUCUCCAAGAUUUUAUUUUCAAAACUGUUAGUAAACCAGUACUCACACACAUUUUUAUGCAGAAUAGUAUUGUUUAUAGGCUAAAUGGUCCUUUAAAAGGCAUAGAGAGUGUUAGACAUGCAGACUUUUCCAACAAUUUUUGUAGUUAUAUAUCACCCAGAUUUUUCGAAGAUUUUCCAAAUCUAUCACAUCUCGAUCUUUCCCAUAAUGCACUGGGAGAAAAUUUAGAAAGUGACCAUAAAGGAAAAAUAUUUCAGAGGCUUUAUAGAUUAGCAUCGCUGAACUUAUCACGAAACAGGAUUGUGCAACUUCCUGACAAUAUCUUCCGCAAUUUGAAUCGUUUGAAGACUCUUAACCUUCGCUACAAUUCCUUAAGUGAGUUUUCAUUACCUUUGAAACAUAUGACAAACCUUGCUCAAUUGGAUCUCUCCUAUAACCAGUUGUUGGUCUUGGACGAGGAAACGAGACAUGCUCUGGAUUUUAUAUCCAAACAGAGAAAGAUAAACGUCAAUCUGUUAGGCAACAGAUUCAAAUGUGACUGUGAAAACUUGAAAUUCAUCAAAUGGAUGCACAGCUCUAAGGAAAUUAAUUUCGUGAAUUUCGGUAAUUAUACAUGUACAUUUUCCAAUUCUUCUCGGCAGUCUACUCAAAUUCCCUUCACAAACAUCGAGGAUUUACUUCAAGGUCUGGAAAAGCAGUGCUCCUCUUACAUCCUCGUUAUUUUAAUGAUGACGUCAUUAAUAAUCGUUGUUAUGACGACAGCCCUUAGUCGCAUUGUGUAUCGAUACAGAUGGAAGCUGAGGUUCAUGUAUUACGUAGCAAGAGAAAAGUACAGAGAUAAUGUGCGAAGAAGUGACGUCAUAGGUCAAAGUUCAUACUAUUUUGAUGCGUUUGUUUCAUAUGCUGAUAAAGACAGGCGAUUUGUGAUUGAUCUUGUAAAGCGACUAGAAGAGGAAUAUAAUCUAAAACUGUGUAUACACCAUCGAGAUUUCAUUCCCGGAACAGCAAUAGCUGAUAACAUUACAAACGCGAUUCAUUACAGCAGACGAACUGUUUGUGUCAUUACGUCACACUUCAUAGAAUCAUACUGGUGCAUGUUUGAACUCAAUAUGGCGCGUAUGGAAGCAAUUUAUUCUCGUAAUGGUGAAAACGUGUUAUUUCUAGUCGUCUUGGAGAAAGGGGCAAUAAAGAAACUUCCACGAUCAUUCAUGGAUUUGAUAGAAUCAAAGUCUUAUUUAGAUUUUCCGGAGGAUGGAGAUUCAGACGAAGUAACAGCCUUUCGUUCGAAAAUUGGAGAUACCCUCAAUUCGCCUAAUGGUGAUUUGAACGAACUUCGCAGAAAUGUUUGAAAUUGAUAAAAAUAAAAGGAGAAAAUUGAAUUUUACUAUGCAUGUGUAUCUUUAAUAGCUGAGAGAAUGAAGUGUAUUUAGUUUU